AUGGAUUUGAACGAAGCCUUGCACAGGGCAUCAGAAGACGAAGCUGAAAAUCAAUAUAAUAUGGAGGUGUACCCAGGGCGCGUUUUAAGAGGUGACGAUACCCCGAGUAGUGCCAAGAUUCGCUACAUAGGAGGACGCAGAGAACCGAAAACAUUCACUCGUUACACUUCCAGCCUUAAAAAUAUGGUACCAUUAAGAUCUCAUAAGCGCAAUCGUUCCAAGUCUAGUAAGAUCGAUGAGUCAGGUUUAUUUUCAUUUGUUACAUAUAGUUGGAUAUUUCCUUAUCUGUGGUCCGCUUUCAAAGGUCGCACAAGCCAAAAUGAAGUAUGGGAUUGCAGCAUUUAUGAUGCAUCUACUGUGAAUUUGGCUAGGUUAGAAUAUCUUUGGAUGCGUGAACUUCAACAACGUCCCAACAGCCCCUCGCUUUUACGUGUCAUAUACUUUUUUAUCAGAACAAGAAUUUAUGUGGCAUGUUUUAUCUUCUCAUGCUGUUUAAUUUUCGCCUCAAUUGGUCCAAUGUUUCUUGUUAAGAAACUUAUCUCAUUGGUGGAGCGAAUUUCUGAUGAUUUCUCUUUCGAAUAUGGCAUUUUCCUGGCUUUUUCAAUUUUAAUUAUGGAAGCAGCACGAGUGUUGUCAUAUGGAGCUACAUGGGCUGUAAGUUACCGGACAGGUAUAAGAGUUCGAGGAGCUUUAUUGGCAUUACUUUACAAAAAACUGAUCAAUGUCCGUUCACUAAGAGCAAAAACUGGAGCUGAGGUCGUGAAUAUGUUUGCAAAUGAUGGUCAGAGAUUAUUUGAUGCUAUUUCAAUGGCACCAGUAGUACUUAUCGGACCGCUAAUACUAAUUGGAGGAAUUGUAUAUCUUCUGUAUCUUAUCGGACCUUGGUCUUUGCUGGGAGUAUUCGUUUUUCUCCUCUUCGAUAUUAUACAGUUUGCACUUGGUAAAGCAAUGGUUCACAUUCGAUCUUCAGCGAUUCAAAAAACUGAGAAACGAAUCAGUUUUAUGGGAGAAGUAAUUCGCUGUAUACGUCUCAUUAAAAUGAAUACUUGGGAAGAGUCAUUUAUGAAUACAAUUGAAGAAUUGCGUCAUAAGGAAAAAUUAGAUUUGCGCAAAGCAGGACUCGCUCAAAGUUUGGCAAUCGCAUGUGGAUCUAUAGUACCUAUAGUUGCUGCGGCAUUUACUUUUCUUGGAGUCAUUUUAUCAGGAGGAACUGUGUUGGCUAGCGAUGCAUUUAGCGCAAUCACAGUAUUUUUUAUUAUGAUGUUCGGUGUUCGAAUGAUUCCAUAUGGAGCACGAUAUGGUGUAGAAGCAUUUGUUUCCUUAAAAAUGAUGCAAGAGAUAUUGCUCUAUCCGGAAUAUGAUCAGCAAAUUCCUGUAUGCUCAGAUGCAAAUAUGGCUGUUCAGUUCAAAAGCGCUACAUUUUUGUGGGAUACCAAAAGCCAGGCAAAUGAAUUGGCAUCAAAUCUGAGAGAAACUUGUGAACGAAGUCCUGUUGUCGAUAAUGAACAAAUCAGUAGUGAUUUUACUAUUGCUCUGGAGGACAUAACUUUCAACGUGCGAAAGAAAGAACUUAUUGGUAUAUGUGGUCCUGUAGGUAGUGGUAAAACAGCUUUACUUAAUGCUAUCACUGGACAUCUCGUGCCAAAAGAUGGGUCGCUCAAUGUUUCGGGACCAGUAGCAUUUGUAACACAGACACCGUGGAUUCUGAAUCGAACAGUUCAAAGUAAUAUAUUAUUUGGUUUACCAAUGAAUACGAGUCGAUAUUACCGAGCUAUAACAGUUUCUGAACUUACGAAGGACUUGGAAACAAUGAAAGCAGGUGAUCAGACGGAGAUUGGUGAACGAGGAGUGACACUUUCUGGUGGCCAGAAAGCCCGAAUUUCCUUAGCCAGAGCACUUUUUGCUAAUAGUCGUGUUUACUUACUAGAUGACAUUUUUGCGUCUCUGGAUCGUCAAGUCGCUGAUCGUAUUUUCAAGCAUGCUAUUAAAGAUAUGCUUUCAAAUAAAACUGUUUUAUUGGUCACGGCAGACAUUAAAUGGUUGACCAAAUGCGAUCGUGUUUGUUUCAUGGAAGGUGGGAGACUAAAAGGUCAAGGUACACAUGAAGAAUUACUAGAAAAGUGCGAAGCCUAUGCUCUUUACUGCGAGCAUUCAUUGUACUCUGAUGAAAUGAAGUCAACUCCCAGUACCAUAGAAGAGCACGAUGCCGGUGAUGGUUUUGUAAAGAUUAAUGCAAAAGAAGAAUCCAGAGAAUUUGUCGAAGCUCAAAGAAAAUUGGUGUUAGAUGAACUUCACGCAUCAACAUCUUUGAUCGAUGCUAGCAAAUCUGAUAAUCUGAUAGGUAAUUUGGUUGAGGAAGAAGAAAACUUUGGAUUGUCACGUGUGUCAUGGAAAGUUUACAAGCAGUACAUCGAUGCAACUAAAAGUCGUUUGAGUUGGGUGGUGCUGCUCUUCGCAUUCGUUACCAAUGUUGUUUUGUCGAUAUUAUGUACAGUGUGGUUGUCGCAGUGGCUAAAACAUGGACACUUCAAGCAUGCCGAUGAUGGCGCUGAUGUAGUUAAUAUUGUCACAGGCGAAUAUGUUUUUGGUUAUCUGGUAUUAGUGAUCAGCUUAUUCUUUUCAGGACUUCUCAAAGCUAAAAUUUUUGUUAAUGUAUCUUUGAGGGCUGCAACAAACUUGCAUAAUGACAUGUUGAAAAGUGUGAUGCAUAGUGCUGUGCAAUUUUUCGACACAACUCCUAGCGGAAGAAUUCUAAAUCGAUUCUCAAAAGAUAUGGAUGAAAUCGAUACCAGGCUUCCUUUCGCUGUUGAAAUUUUCCUUCAAAAUUCGCUUAUUUGUCUCGGAUAUCUUGUAAUGAUCGCAUGGAUUUUCCCAUCGUUUUUGCUUGUGUGCAUAUUUUUAUUUUUCAUUUUCGCUGUAUUUUUCUUAUGCUUUCGAGCCGGUAUAACGAGGGUUUCACUUUUGAUAAUUUCUAGCUUAAAACGAUCAGAAAAUAUAUCACGUUCACCAUUGUUUAAUCAUAUAGCAUCAAGUAUGGAAGGUAUACUGACGAUUCAUUCUCUUGGUCAAACUGAUGAUUUUGUUGAAACAUUGAAAAACAAGCUGGAUCUUAACAGUGGAGCCAUGUUUAUGUAUCAGUCAGCAAUGAGAUGGUUAGCUGUAUGGCUGGAUUUACUGGUCGUUAUCAUUACGUUCGUUGUGGCAUUAUUUAUUGUCUUUUUGACUGGAAGUAUUGCACCUGCAGAUGCAGGAAUGGCUCUUGUAUUUGCGAUGCAGAUGAGUGGUAUAUUUCAGUUUGCAGUGCGUGCCCAAGCUGAAUUGGAGGCGAAAAUGACGUCUGUUGAACGUGUUGCAUAUUAUAGUGAUCAUAUUGAAUCUGACGGUGAUUGGGACAAAGAGAAUGACGAUAUUUCGUUAGCAAAUGAUUGGCCUUGUGAGGGAUCUAUUGUAUUCAAAGAAGUGAAAUUGCGUUAUCGACCUGACUUGCCAUUGGCACUCGAUGAGGUCAAUUUCAAGAUUCAACCAAAAGAAAAAAUAGGAGUUAUUGGACGUACUGGAUCAGGUAAGACAUCUCUGUGUAAUGUUCUGUAUCGGUUGUAUCCACUAACUUGGGGAACAGUCGAAAUCGAUGGUGUGAAUACUUCUCAUAUUGGGCUUCACCGUUUGCGUCGAGCUAUGGCUGUAAUCCCACAAGAUCCUUCAUUUUUUUCUGGUACCAUCCGAUUUAAUGUUGAUCCAAACAAUGAUUUCACUGAUGAUCAAAUUUGGAUGGCUCUUGAAAAGACAUAUUUGAAAGAUAUGGUUUCAUCAUUAGAUCAGAAGCUAGAUCAUCAGAUCAGUGAAAGUGGACUUAAUAUAUCUCUUGGUGAGCGGCAACUGUUUUGUAUGGCUCGAGCUUUAUUAAGGAAAACGCGUAUCGUGGUACUAGAUGAGGCUACAGGGAGUCUAGAUAUUGUAACAGAUCGGCGUAUCCAGAAAUGUAUUCAUGAAGAAUUUGCUGAUUGUACAAUUAUAAUGAUCGCUCAUCGUUUAGAGAACGUUUUUGGCAUGGAUAAAAUCCUUCACAUGAGUCAAGGAAAGGUUCUGGAAUUCGAUACAAUCAGUAAUUUGUUAUCAAGUGAAGAUCGACCUUUCCGUCAGCUGUUGAGUGAAGAGAUGUUGCAAAAAAUAAGAACACUUGAGGAAGAACGGAAUUCGUUGAUAAGAGGCUCAGAAGAACUAUCAGAAACAUCAGUAAAUGGAAGUUCUACUAACAGUCCAGAACAUUUAUAUCCAUCUCUCCCAGAAGUUUCAGGUAAAACUUCCCCAGAAACAUCGGAAUUUGAAAAAAUUAGUGAUAGUGUCGAUAAAGAAGUGACGACUAUGAGUAGUGAGAAUAGUGAUCUCGAAAUCAUUAAUAAGUCUGAUGCUGAAUGA